GACCAAGUGCCCAAGAAUAUAAACUCUUUCUGACCUCCUCAACGUUGUGGUAGCGAUAUGAGGGGGACCAGUCCAUGAGAAACCCUGAUAGAAAGUGCACAGAACGCAUUAAUGUUGACUAGAUUCAAGCGGCGAUCAUCCUAAUCUUUCUCGAGCAUGGACGGCCGAGCUUGUAUAAUAAGAGGACCGAGAAAUGAUGACGUGGAGCUGCUGCCCACACAGACCCAGCGGCGCGGUCGCGUAUUGUCUAUUGGGAUGUAAAGCCGCGGUGAACGUCUUUCCCUGGUCCGAGUGUAACGAGAAUCCAGCUUGUACGUAUUUGUACGUGCCGCCUCAUGAGCCCCUCAUCCCUGACACAGUCGAUCAUUUGAUCUAAGUCGUGCCGUAACAACAUUCCACGAUGUCGCAGCUCGCUGGCUUGUACGGACCAAAUAAUCCUCCGCCACCUCUACCAGGUGCGCCGUCUCAAGGUGAUUGUGGGCCAUAUGGGAUUCCUCUAGCCGCACGUUCUACACCACAUCUGGCGCCUCCGACGUUCGACAGAACAUGUCAACGACAGCUCUCGUCCGUACAAGUGCAAACACCGCUUCAACAUAAUUCGCCUCCCGUGGUAGAGGAUUAUAGGUAUUUCCGGCCGCCCCUCAAGUCGAACGAGAGAACCCGACAAGACCAUCGGCAAGGUCGAGCGUCUGUCCAAUCCCGUGUCCAGAAGUAUACCGAUGACAUCUAUGACCGCGGUCGCAGUCGCAGUCGUUCACCAACGCGUACAGACGACCGAGGCAACGAGCAGUGGCGGGAGCGAUCACUUGCCCGUAAGUCCAAGGUUCAGAACCAGGAAGGGCUACACCAUCAGGUUCAGAAUACACAGCCCGUGAGGCACACCGCAGUGCGUACGUCUGAUAACGCCUACGAUCGGUCGCAGGGUUCAUGGCCCCGCCAACAGUCCGUCAAGGGAGAUACUGAACAUGACAAACAUGCCACGAAAACGCAACAUAUCCGGUCGAACACAGCUCUGGAAGAUCUGCCACACCUACCUAAGUCGGCUCCUGGGACUGGUAAACGCAAUCGUAGCUACAACGCGCGUGCCAAGCGACGAGCGUUGAAGCAACAGGCUGCAUUAGGGGACACACAGAGACAAUGGUCACCUGUUCGAGAUGGGGCUAGUCCAAAGACCUUUGCGGAUUCUCAUCAUCGAAAAGCCAGUGGCCAACGCCAGUCUCAGAUGGACGGGAGAGAGUCGAUGCAUCACGAUGGUCAGCCCGGGUGGGAUCGAUUUGUGCGUCCAGAGUUCCACGAAUAUGCUGGAGCUGCUGUUGCAUCAGAACCAUCUUACGUCGAUGUCGAGGACGAGAUCGACUGGGACGACGAAGACUUGUAUAUAGAGCCGCCUGCUCGAGACAGUACCUCAAGCCACCAAUAUGCAAAGAUGGCUGAGCAUGUAGUAUCUCGACAACAGAAAUUUAGCCUGGAUCACACAAGGGGUGUGUCCGCGAAGCAAAGAACGAGCCCUGUCCCCUCGUCGGGCAGCUUUGCAGCGUGGCGCAAAGAAAGAGGAGGGACACAUGACUCUACUAUGCCGCAGGGAGUUCCUCAAUUUGAGCAACGCGCGUCCGCCGCGAAGUUGAGACAAGAUUAUAAGCGUGGCCAGGAUCAACGAUUCGAUGAUCCGAACUUUAUUCGCGUCGCAGACAAUGCACGAACACAACAACGUCAACAUCCAGUUCAACACAAAGCCCGAACUGAACCUCAACUCCAGCAUGCUGCACACAACCCAUCAAUAACACGGAAGGAGCUUGAGACACCCGCGCCCCCGACAGCAUAUAACCUCCGAGGUUACGAAGCGCUCGUCUUGUCGCGCUCUGAUACUCAGCGAUUCAAGCACGGCAACGGAAAGGUUACACCCCGCCACUACGGUUCAUCUGGAAACCGCGACCUCGGUCUUUGCUUUGCGACUUUCUGCACCAAAUUUGCGUGUGAACUGGGUGUGAAAUGUCCGUGGCGUCACCACCCGCUUACAAAAGCCGAGAAGGAGUGGAUCGUGACGAUCGGCGGAAAACGAGAAGAGGAAUUUCUGGAUAACGUGGACAGAUGGUGGGCGUUACCAGACGUGCCCGUGCCCGGGGCGUGUAUGCAUGGCAAGAGGAAAUAGGAUGACAACGUGGCCAUCCAUAAGAGACCGAAGAAAGCAUGGCGUGAAGAAUGCGGCCACCAAACAUCC